UUGACGAAGUGCUUGUUCUUGUUUGUUCUGUAAAUUUAAUGACAGAUAAAGUUUGAGAAUAUUAUGUCUUAACAUAAUACACAUAUAUUGAGAUAUAAGGGCAAUGGUAAAACAGUUUUAUGAGCGGUAAAGUGAGCAGUUAUUUUGCUUUAAUGAAGUUUGUGUGUGUGUGUGUGUGCGUGCGUGCGAGCGAGCGAGUGUGUAGCAGGCGGAAGAGCUGGGCUAAAUAGAGUUGUAGUGCCAUUGCACACAAGGCUGUAGGAAUUAUGGAGACCUUGUUUUUGUGAGCAGUUUUUUCAUUCAUUUUUGCUUGAUAUGUGAAAGGUUAAAAGGCAAAGAUACCCAUAAAUACCGACAAUUAUCCUUUCCAUAUUCAAUAUGACUUUAAAGCACGCACAAUCAUCGCGCUCAUUAACUCUUUAUUUAUUGACUUUGGAAAAUGAUUGAACGUAUUUUACAUCGGACUGCAACUAAUUUUAGCGGAGAACAAUUGCUUAACUGUGGAACGAAGUUUAUUUUUGUUUAUUUGUAAACAUUGUAACUUGAAGUUGACGGCUGAAUGAAAUUUUAAUGGAAAUAAGCUGUAAUUAUUCAAGAGAUUUUCAUGAAUGAAAAUAUGAUGUGGUGUACCAGUAUUAAUAUAUUAGCGGAUGAUUGAGAGAAUUUUACAUAAUAUUAAAUUGAUUAAACCGGAGAGAUGGAAUUAAGAAGUUGAUUUGUAUGUAGCAUAUGACAUUAUAAACGAAAAUGACAGUAAAUCAACUCAGUAAUUGAUUUACAUGGGCGGCGUUAUAAAGACGUAUAUUUAAUAGGACACUUAUAUUGAAGGUAUACAGAGCGAAGAUAUUUGAUUUGAAUUGGGUGAAAGUAUUGAUAGAAGUGCAUUUGGUCGUGGUAAAGAAUUGUUCAGCAAUUUAAAGAAAAUAAGGCGGCACAUUGAUGAUUAGGAAGAAGAUGGUAUUCUAUUUUCAUGUGUAAUUAAUAAAAAAAUCAGCAACAUCUGGAAUGUUAAAAGGCGCGAAUAUUGAUAUAACACACAAAACUUGCUUCCACAGAAUAUAAAAAACACCAUGGAUGCUAUCAUGCACACGAUGACUAAGAUGUAGGAAAAAUGGAUUGUGCAGGAAGUGCUAAGCUCAUUCAUGUAUGGAUUUUCUUUUUCAACAUCUUUCAGAGAGCAUUCUGUCAGUGCAACGGUUCACCUUCCACAGUCUACGCUAGUGAAGCUCCCGCAAAAUUUGAAUCGCCCGGAUACCCUACAUCAUAUGCAAAUGAUUUGAGUUGCCAAUGGUUAAUAGACUCUGGGGUUGCUGGUCAAUCUAUCAUCUUGUAUUCAGAUAACCUCGACAUGGACUGUUCAUUCGGGGACUUUGUUAACAUUUACGAUGGUUCAAGUACGUCGGAUGCCACCUUACAUCAGAAUUUGUGUGGGACAACACUAAAGAGUAAUGAAUAUGUCUCUACCGAUAGAUAUGUCCUCGUGGAGUUUACCUCGGAUUCUGCAACAGCUGGUGCUGGGUUCGAGAUGACAUAUCUCACAGCUGCAGACACAUCCGGAACUGGUUGUUCCUCCCAAUACACACUAUCCGCCUCAACAACACCGCAGUACCUAACGUCACAAGGUUUUCCAGCAUUAUAUUCUAGUGACAGUUCAUGCCGCUGGUUGAUAACUGCCUCCACUUCAUUAUCAACGAUAGAUUUUCAAGUUAUCUGGAGUGAUGUUGAGGCAGACUCAAACUGUGCAUACGAUAAACUUGUUAUUUAUGAUGGUAGCUACAUCUGCGAGAACCAGGAGUUGUUGACAGAUUGCUCCGCCAGGACAAGCGCAGACGCCACGUCCACUGUGUAUACGUCAUCCGCAGACAGCGUGCUGGUCACGUUCUUCUCGGAUAAUUCAUUUAAUAGAUAUGGUUUUAUUAUCAAAUUCACAGAAAACUUUGUUAACUUCACCACCACAACAUCUCCACCAGCCUCUACAACAACAGCGGCUGCCGUUCAGUCUGUAAAAACUGACAUUGUCACAAAGACAGAAAUCAGCAUUCCUUUAAUGGCGGCAAGUGCUGUAGGCGGGGCUGCAUUCGUGCUUGGUAUCUUAGCAACGGUUUGGCUUAUCAAAUGCAUAUUUACGAAAAAGAAAACGAAGAAAGGUCUCAUUACUGUACAUUCCAUAGCUCCACUGCCUGCAAGACCUACUGUGUUCGCUCCAAGACAACAGACCAAUGUUCUCUCCUUUGUAUAAUACUGAUCAAAGGAUUGUUCCUUACGUUAAAACAUUUUUUUCAAAAAGUGCCAAAUGUUCUAGAUAGUGACAUUUGUUUGACUUCACAAACAUGUAUAUUGCUCAAACAGAAGAAUCAAAGUGUGUUGUAAAUAUUUCUUAAAUUAUUGAUUCGUUAUCAAUUUCUCUGUUGUUUUGCAUUUUCACCUGUUUGUAGUGUCAUCACACGUUUAUGUCUUAAAAAAGACAUAUAUAAUCACUCUAUCAGUCCGACCGAUUUUCUAACCCAUAUUCCAAUGUUUUUCAAUCGAACUUACAGCAUUGUGGUAUAAAGCAGAUAAACUUCGUCGUCUUGCAUUCAAAGUCAAGAUAACAUGGCGUAUUAUGAUUUUUUUGCUAUAACAUUGUCCAAUCUUUCUUUUAAGUAUACAUGUAUCAAGUUUUUUAGGAUGGACACUGUCCUAUCUCCAAGAUCAGGAAAAGCCCGAAUGGUCCUUAAUGCUGUACAUUAGUGUAAUUAAAAAUAAAUUUGUACAUUUAUUGGUACACAGUCCAAUAACUUCGGAAUAUGAUGGGCAUGAAGAGUGAGAUUCUCUACAAUUGUUUUGCCAUUUUUUUUAUAUUGGUCUCAUCAUUGUUGUGAUAUCUUUUACCUUGUCUAUGUAUAUUAUGUAUAUAUCAUGUACAUGUCCUUACAUAAACCGCUAUGUGAUGGCGGUUUGAUAGGCAGCGUCCCUGUCGCCUAUUUAUUUCUUUGCAAUAACUUUGUUGCCCUGUUUACGAUAUUAUUUCCUUUUUUUUCUCACUUGUCUCUCAUUGUUUUGGAUGCAAAAUUCUUUUAUAUUAGGUAGCUAAAAAGAAAUGUUGUUUUUUGUUGCUCAGCUCAGAUACUCUGUUUGCUUGAAACAAUGUGCGGAAUGGAACAAGAGUUCUACCUCCAUCAUUGAAUCUGAAAAUCUGGAAUGUUACAAAGGGAGCUGAAAAGUGUUAGUGAAACUCAAAAUCAAAAACAUAAAGCUUAGAAAUAAGAACGACUGAAAAGCUAUGGCCAGGACAAGGGUUUGUCUUUGGUAUUUUGUGUUUCACUAGUAUCUACGUUCCUUUGUGUCUUCCUGGCCCCAGCCUUGAAGACAUGAAUUAAAACUUGAAGUACUCCUCUGGUCUCCCUAACACUGAUCUGGAAGACAGAUAUGGUGUAGCCUACACACUGCAACAUUAUGAUAGAUAAUUCAUAAAGUAUACUAAAAUACAUUAUCCUAUCUUGAUCAAAGCUGUUUUACUAAUAUUCUGAUUUCAAUUAUGAUUGGUUAAACUAAUUACAAGUACUUCAUAUUGUAUAAAGAAAUAAACAAAGACCACGUAUACUGUUACCUGAACCAUAUCAUAGAGUUUGGAUAAGUGAUAUUAGUAUCAUGAUUUCCUUACUACAAAUUGUCUGUAGUAUUCACUUAUUGAAUGGCUUAUCGGUUAAUAGUCAAAACUAUUGCCCAAAGCCAGAAGCCAUUCAGUAAGUGUUUUUUUUUAUAUAACAUCAGAAAUUAUUUUCACGAUUUAUCUUUAAUGUUUGUUUUACUUAUUAGCCCAGUAUUCAUAUAUUGAACAUAGAUUAGUCAUAUAACACAAAUUAUGGGCCGGUGUACACAUUAAAUACUGACCCCGUUUAAAAUAGACCAAAUGGGUCCUUUUAGAACAUUGAGAAGUGACCCCGUCAACAUUUCAACAUUGAAUCAAAAGAUCCCUUUUCAUCGUUGAGAAUUGACCGAGUCAACAUUGAAUUAUGAUCAAAAGGUUCCUUUUCAACGUUGAGAAUUAACCCCGCCAACAUUUCAACAUUAAAUUUUGAUCAAUAAGGUCAAUUUUCAAAGGGGUCAAUAUUUAAUGUUACACCGGCGAUUGAUAUAAGGAGUCAUCUAUAAUAAAUAUCAAUGAUACAAUGAGUAAUGUUCGAGCCGGUGGAGUCCUCCGAGUAUAAUACGUAUUGCAACACAAUCAUCUUUUCAUGCAUUCUGUUCCAUGUCCUUCUAGUCAAACAUUUUGAUUGUGAUUUUAUAAAACUCAUUUACAUUUUAUACUUAUAGUCAAAGUUUACAGUUUUUAUGGCUAAUUUACAAAAAAUAAUACGAUGGGGGAUUGAUGCAUAAAUGACAGAAAACAAAACAAAAAGGUCAAAACGAACAAAAACAUAAUAUUAUUUAGGCGUUUUGUGUAUACUUCACAUUGUUUGUUUGAAUGCCAAGGUUUUGUAUAGGGUUUUGAUGCAUGUUGCUUCAAAAGUAAAUUUGAGAGAAUGAGAGAGAUUAUUCUUUACACUAUGUUUUUUCUUUCAUCGUAUGUAAAAAACUUUGUUCAGCCUGCUUGCACAUCAUUUAAAACAUGUACAGACAUAAUCUAUAUUUCACUUGGUGACAUCAGCCUGAGGAAGUUACUGACUUCAACGGUGAAAUGACGUUCCAUAACACAUCAUGCUACAUUCUUAAAAUGCCUGACAUACGCACACGUAUUCUAUGAUAAAUAAUAACAACACUAAUAAUGAAUUAUCAUCCUUUGUCUCAAUUGAAAGGUUCUUUGGUUUUGUCUAAAAAACAUCAGUAUGUUAAAGGAGGGAGCUUAAACUAGUUCCGAUAUAUGUUACUAUUAAAGUUAUUCAUUG